UGCCCGGGUCCGCCCGCAGGCCGCGUUGCGCGCCUGCGCCGGUUCUGGCCCGGGUCCCGGAGGAAGCCGCCUGGCGGGCUCGGCUGGGGGAAGGCAGCCGUAGCCUGGGCCUCGGGUGAGGGCUCUGUAACCGGUGGGAAGGCUGCGUUUUCACGAAGGACUCGGGUGAAGCUGCAGAGCUGCCUUUCAGCCCUGACUCCCUGGCUUCCUGGGUCGGAGGAGAUCUUGUAAUGGAGUGGUUCUUCGUCUCACACUAACAGGAUGCCUGAUUUCCUCAGGAUCGAGGGAUUAAAGAAUGUCACGGGUUCCAUUGGGGAAAGUUCUCCUGAGGAAUGUCAUCCGGCAUACAGAUGCUCACAAUAAGAUUCAGGAGGAAUCCGACAUGUGGAAAAUCAGAGAACUAGAGAAGCAGAUGGAGGAUGCUUACCAUGGGACCAGAAGGAAUACAGUACCCAGCAGCUCAAGUCGGAUGAGAAGUGAUGGUUUUGAUGAAGAAAGUCAGAGAGACUACUGGAAGCCAAAGAAUGAAAUUUCUGGGGCCCUGGAAGAUGAUUUUCUUAAGGCUAAAUCCUGGAACAAGAAAUUAUAUGAUUAUGAAUCCAAUAUACCAGACAGAUGGGGUCACAGUGGUUAUAAAGAGUUGUAUCCUGAAGAGUUUGAAACAGACAGUAGUGAUCAGCAAGACAUUACCAAUGGGAAAAAAACAUCUCCCCAGGAGAAAUCAUCUGCCCAUGAAUCCCGAAAACAUAAGAAGUCAAAGAAAUCCCAUAAAAAAAAGCAGAAAAAACGGUCACACAGAAAACAGAAGAAAAACAGAAAGGAAGCUACGGACAUAACAGCAGAUUCCUCAAGUGAGUUCUCAGAAGAAACUCGGGCUUCUAAUACCAGGAAAAGGAAGCAACCACAUAAGAGCAAGAAAAAGUCCAGGAAAAAGUCUCCUAAAAAAUCUUUACCUUUAGGGGAAGAAAGUGGUACUUCCCAGUCAGAUGAUUCAGCAUCUAGCAGUUCUGAGGAAAUUGAGGAAAGAGACACUAAGAAAACCAAAAGGAAAAAGAAAGAGAAAAGUGUCCACGUUCCCGUGGCUAGCCCUGAAGAACAGAGGACAAGCAAGCGCAGGAAUUGGAAAGUGGCUGCGGAUGCAAGGUCUGCGGAGAGCUCAGAGGAUGACUAAUGGGAAAUAGCAGCCUCGCUUCCUGCUGACUCUGGUCGUCUGCCACUCUUCAAAAUGGGGUUUGCCAGUGACUCCUGCAGCAUAGGAGUCUAAUGUCAGAGCUGUCGUGCCACAGAUACCUUUUUUCCUACUUUGGAUAGUUAAUCUCCAUCCCCUUUUGUUAAUAGGGAAUCUGGUAUUUUGUUGAGGUUUCUUGAAGAGAUUUUUUUUUUUCCAAUUAAUCACUUAGGGUAGAAUACCUAUACAGCAAAUUAAAGAACCCAGAAAGCUGAACUCAGUAAUGACCUGGGUACACCAAUUGGAAUGUUGGAUUUGGGGGAAUCAAGGGUCUGGGAUGAAGGAGGAGGAUUGAGUAGUACUAGAUAGAAUGGCUUGACGAGGUACCCUGCUUUCAGCUUUGGUGCUUUGGUUCUUCUGUAGUUGGGCCUACAGGUAUCUAGUUUACUUAGUGAGGAAUUGGUUAUAAAAAGAAACCUUUUCCCUUCAUGGUAAUAUCCGCAGAUGAUUGCUAGGGUUUUCUGCCUAAUUUCCCUGCUGGUCAGGGUCUACAGCUACAUUUAGUAUAACUCAAACAUUACAGUAACUGGAUAGUAAAUGGUUUUCUAAUUCCAUUGCUGUAUAUUGCCUAAAUGGGCUUGUGUUUGAAAUGAAAUUUAGUUCUCCUAUCUAUCAAAUGGAAAGAAUUAGGAAGUAGUCAUGUUGCCAGUAAUGCUUUCAAAGACAUUCAGGGCAACAACCAUCUAAAUGUCUUUUUUUUUUUUUUUUUCUUUUUGCCCAAGUUAGGGAUUGAACUGAAGGCCUUGCAUAUACUAGGCAAGUGCUCUACCACUGAGCCAUACCCCCCAAGCCCUGUUGUUUUCCUUGUUCAUUUCUAAUUCUAUUAAUGAAUUUUAGAUUUUUCCCUGAAACCAGUUGAAUCAAUUUCAAAAUGAAACACACUUCUCAGGGACAUACCCACUUCUUCCCAGUCUGACUUUAUGUUAUGAUUAUCAAGAAGAUAUUAUUUCCCCUUGCUACAUACUGUGAUCCUCAUACUUAAAAAAAAACAAAAACAAAAAACCAAAAUACCACUGGAAAGUGGCUGGCAGAAUAGUAGACUUUUCAUUAAGAGGAAAGAUGAAGUGACAUUGUCAGGGUUUUUAUUUUUGAGCUCACUUGGUCCUGAGCGAAAAGCAUGAAAACUCAGACUUAAGACUGUUUGUUGGUCAUGGUUCUGCCACUAAUUGAGUUCUAGAGCAGGUUAAGCUAACCUCCCUGGCCUUAUAUUUUGCAUGUGUAAUACAAAAAUACUUCAUGGUUAGCAUGACAGACACCAGCAAUAGAAUACAACUAUGCUGACAUCCCAUGAAGUGGCAUUUUAUAGUUCUAACUAAAUUUGUGCUCUUUAUGGAACUUAUUUCUAAUAAAGUGCUUGUUCUUAAAAUACAUGGCUGGCCAGAUGUGCCCCAUCCCUUGAUUAUGAGCAGGUGCUGCCUUCUGGGAUAUUGAAACACUAAUAAUCUUUAGUACUCAAAUGUCAGUGUUCCAUGGUAUUUCUUCCUUGGGUUUGGUGGAGGGAGAGUCUAGUUACUACCUCAUAGCCUUCUAGAAGCAAGUGACAUCUUUGUUGGAAGUGGUUUUGUGCUACAGAUGGACUGAUUCUAAGCACAGAAGAUGAUUCUACAGAAUAAGGCACUUCCAAGUUUGAGUCUUGACCUUAACCUUCUUCCCAUACUAACAGAGUUAUUUUUUCCCCCAGGAAUGCACAUUUGCCUGAUUUUUUUUUUUUUAAUACCUCUUCCUCAUGUUCCUAUUUUCUUGGUCACAUAAGCAAUAAAAUUGUUUCUGUUCUAAACCCUUCUUACCCCUAAAUUCCCUUACAUGCUUUAGGCUAAGGCUUUGGUGGCUCCUCUUAUCGGUGGCUUAGGGCAGCUUUUUAAAACCUGUGAUCUCCCAUUAGCAAUACCAGCCCUGGAACACUUUUAGUGUUCUGAGAGAUCUCUUAUCUUGAAUCGUAAACUGAGAUUUAGAAGAAAAAGAAUUGGAGACUUUACAUUUAUUAACUGGUGUGAUACAACCUGGAAUUACUUAAUUCCAAUAAAUAAAAUUUCACCUGAACAUUUGA